AUGAAGCUGCGGCUCCAGCAGGUUCAGCAAGCUCAACAGGAAGAAAACCGAUCCAAGGGUAACAUGGAGGGAGAGGGGGAUAGCCAACGGAGGGAAACCCCUCGGAGACCAACAACUCCGGACGAACAGAACUCAGAUCUUCUUCGGGAAAUGAGGAAAGAGAUGGACGAACUAAGGAGCGCUAUCAAAGAAAAGACAGACCGGAGUGUGGACAAAAUGAUAAGGGCUACAGAUUCGCCCUUCACUGCAGCGGUGCUUGAUUGCCCCGUGCCGUCGAAGUUUCGCCUACCUCAAUUAGAACCAUUCGACGGACUGAAGGACCCUCAGGAUCAUCUUAAUACCUUUAAGACGACUCUGGGUCUUCAGCAACCACCUGACGAAAUAUUGUGUCGUUCCUUCCCUACGACUCUCAAAGGAGCUGCAAGAGAGUGGUUUACUAAGUUGCCAAACUCGUCCAUAGACAAAUUCGAUCAGCUGAGUAGUGCUUUCUUACGCCACUUCAUAGGGGGACAACGCCCAAGGAGACCAGUAGAUUACUUACUCAUCAUAAGACAGGGAGAGAAGGAGACCCUGAGGUCAUAUGUCAAGCGAUUCACCCGAGAAACUCUGGAAGUGGACGAAGCUGAUGACAAGGUGCAGCUGACGACCUUCAAAGCAGGGUUGAGAUCCAGAGACCUUGUGGCCUCUCUUGCCAAAAACCCCCCGAAGACAAUGGCCGAGAUGCUCCUGAAGGCACAAAAGUACAUGAACGCGGAAGAUGCUCUAGCUGCCAUAAAAGGUACUGAGAGGCUAGGAGACAAGUCCAAAGGGGAAGACGACCGCAGAGGGCAAAAAAGAGAUCGACCAGAACGUCGGAACAAUGACGGGAAUAGAAGGAGAGACGACAAAAAUCCUCGUCAGGUAAAAUUUACUCCUUUAGUUAUGCUUGUUGACAAGAUUUUCACGCAGAUCAAGGACGAGCAUUAUCUCAAAUGGCCCAGGCCUCUACACUCGUCCCCCAACGUACGUGACAAGAAUAAGUAUUGCCGGUUCCAUAGAGACCACGGCCACAACACAGAAGAUUGCAGAGACCUGAAGGAACAAAUAGAGGAAUUAAUACGGAAAGGAAAGUUACAAAAGUAUGUAAAGAAAGGAGAAUACAGCAAGUUCAGAGACGAAGACAGGACCCAACAUGAAUCCUUCACUCGGGAUGACGACCAUACGUCCCAACCUCCACGCAAAGUGAUCGGGGAGAUAAACACGAUCACGGGAGGACCAUCCUCAGGAGGGUCAUUUAGAUCACUUAGAAAAGCAUACCACAGACAGGUGAACAACGUCCACACCAUGCCUCCGUCCAAGUACCGACGAACAUACCAAGACAUGUCCUUUAAUGAAGGAGACGCCAGGGGAGUGAAGCAGCCUCACAACGAUCCCCUGGUCAUAGUGCUGAAUAUAGAAGGGUUCAAUACCAGAAGGAUCCUUGUUAAUAACGGGAGCUCAGCAGAUAUCAUCUACCUCCCAGCCUUCCAGCAAUUGAAGUUAGAUCCAAAAAGGCUUCGUCCUUUCGAAUCUCCGUUUGUCAGUUUCAGUGGAGACAGGGUCUACCCCAGGGGUAUAGUGACUCUGACGGUGACAGCAGGGGCCUAUCCAUUGCAGCUGACCAAACAAGUAGACUUCCUGAGAGGAAUAGAAGCCAAUCCAGAAAAAGUACAAGCUAUCAUUGACAUGGCCUCACCCAAGACCGUCAAGGAUGUACAAAAACUUACAGGAAGGAUAGCAGCUCUAAAUAGGUUCGUCUCUAGGGCCACAGACAAAUGCCUGCCCUUUUUCAAAACCCUCAAGCAGGCUUUUGCUUGGACCGACGAAUGCGAAGCAGCGUUCCAAGAGCUGAAGCGAUAUCUGAGCAGUCCACCUCUCCUGAGCCCGUCCAAAGGAGGGGAGAACCUAUACUUGUACCUGGCGGUGUCAGCCUCGGCAGUAAGCGCAGCCUUGAUUAGAGAAGAAGGCAAGAAGCAACUCCCGGUGUACUACGUCAGUCAAGCCUUUCAAGGAGCCGAGUUCAGGUACCCAAGGAUCGAAAAGAUUGCGUUUGCGCUUAUAAUAGCCUCGCGCAAGCUCAGGCCGUAUUUCCAGUCAAAUCCUAUCCUUGUGAUGACGGAUCAGCCAAUUAAGAAAUCAAUGAACAAACCGGAAGCAGCAGGAAGAAUGGUCCAAUAG